GCUGGUCACACAGCGCAGUGAACAGUGAAAAUUCUGAGGUGAUUGUAUUUUGUGUGUGGUGUGUUCAUACUCAAUUAACUUAAUUAAGUUAAAUAGAAAACAGUGUUAAACGCACUUUAAAACCAGCGUGAGGAUUUCAACCCGCUUACUAAACAAAGCCACGUAUAACGGCCCGCCGGUAAAAACCGCACCCGAAAAAAUGGCAACAGCAGCUAACACGACAGCUGGAGCAGCAGCAACGAAAGACGGCGCGCCUGCAGCGGCAGCGCCAGCGCCAGCGAAGACUCUAUCCGGCAUUGUGAAACAGGUUCUCUCCGGCGAUACGGUUGUGAUACGCGCGACGAAAGGAGCGCCGCCACCGGAGAAACAAAUUACCUUCUCGCAUGUCCUGGCACCCAAAUUGGCGCGCCGACCUGGCGCUGGUGGGGAUGAGACCAAGGAUGAACCCUGGGCCUGGGAAUCGCGUGAGUUUCUGCGCAAGAAGCUGAUCGGUGCCGAGGUGACGUUCACCUUUGACAAACCCGCAAACUCCAACCGUGAGUACGGUUUCGUGUGGAUCGGCAAGGACAAGGAGUCCGGCGAGAAUGUGGUCGAAUCCAUUGUCCGCGAGGGUCUCGUCACCGUCCGCCGUGAAGGUCGUCCCACGCCCGAGCAGCAGACGCUCAUCGAGCUGGAGGAUCAGGCACGUGCCGCCGGACGUGGCAAGUGGUCGCACAAUGUGAAUGCGGCGGAUAAGGUGCGCAACAUCAAGUGGUCGCAUGAGAAUCCCGCCCACAUUGUCGAUGUGUACGGUGGCAAACCCAUCAAGGCCAUCAUCGAGCAUGUGCGCGAUGGCUCCACGGUGCGUGCCUUCCUCCUGCCCGACUUCCACUACGUCACGCUCAUGAUAUCCGGCAUUCGCUGUCCCGGCGUUAAACUGGACGCCGAUGGCAAACCCGAUCUGACCGUCAAGGUUCCAUUUGCCGAUGAGGCUCGCUACUAUGUGGAGACUCGUCUGCUGCAACGUGAUGUGGAGAUCCGUCUUGAAUCUGUCAACAAUUCCAACUUCAUUGGCACCAUUCUGUAUCCCAAGGGCAACAUUGCCGAGUCGCUGUUGCGCGAAGGAUUGGCCAAGUGCGUCGACUGGUCCAUGGCUGUCAUGAAGACAGGCGCUGAUAAGCUGAGAGCUGCCGAGCGCGUUGCCAAGGAGAAGCGUCUGCGUCAGUGGCAAGAUUACCAGGUGAAGACGCCCGCCUUUAACUCGAAGGAGAAGGACUUUACGGGCACCGUUGUCGAGGUCUUCAAUGGAGAUGCUGUCAACGUGCGUCUGGCCAAUGGACAGGUGAAGAAGGUGUUCUUCUCCUCGAUCCGGCCACCACGUGAUCAGCGUGUGGGCACCGAGGGUGAGGAGAUUGUUAAGGCGCCGCCACGUGGCAAGAACUACCGUCCACUGUAUGAGAUUCCGUAUAUGUUCGAUGCCCGUGAAUUUCUGCGCAAGAAGCUGAUCAACAAGAAGGUUCAGUGCAAUCUGGACUACAUCUCGCCCCUGCGUGAUAACUUCCCGGAGAAGCACUGCUAUACGGUGCUAAUUGGCGGACAGAAUGUGGCCGAGGCCAUGGUGGCCAAGGGAUUGGCCACCUGUGUGCGCUAUCGUCAGGAUGAUGACCAGAGGUCAUCGGCCUACGAUCAACUGAUUGCCGCCGAGCAACAGGCGAUCAAGGGACUGAAGGGUAUGCACGCCAAGAAGGAUAAUGUGACGUUGCGCGUCAACGAUCUCACUGUGGAUCAUUCCCGCAUCAAGGUGCAGUAUCUGCCAUCCUGGCAGCGUGCCCUGCGCACCGAGUCCAUCGUUGAGUUCGUUGCCAGCGGCUCACGUCUGCGUCUGUAUGUGCCCAAGGAUAGCUGCCUGGUCACGUUCCUGCUCGCCGGCAUCUCGUGCCCACGCUCCUCCCGCCCCGCCCUCAACGGUGUGCCCGCCCAGGAGGGUGAACCCUUUGGCGAUGAGGCGCUGACCUUCACCCGGGAGCGUGUGCUCCAGCGUGAUGUUUCCGUGCAUAUCGAUACCACUGAUAAGGCCGGAUCCUCCAUUAUUGGCUGGCUAUGGACCGAUCAGAAUGUCAAUCUGUCGGUUGCCCUCGUGGAGGAAGGUCUCGCCGAGGUGCACUUCAGUGCCGAGAAGUCGGAAUACUAUCGAUUGCUGAAGAGUGCCGAAGACCGUGCCAAGGCGGCCAAGAAGAACAUCUGGGCCAACUAUGUGGAACAAGUGCCUGAGGAGAAGGUUGUCAUCGAGGAGGAGAAGGACGAGAAGGUGCCAGUCGAGCGUAAAGUGAACUAUGAGAAUGUCAUUGUCACUGAGAUCACCGAGAACCUGACCUUCUUUGCCCAAUCCGUUGACAACGGUCCCAAAUUGGAGACACUGAUGAGCAAACUGCACGCUGAUUUCCAGGCGAAUCCCCCAAUUGCCGGCUCCUAUACACCCAAGCGUGGUGACUUGGUCGCCGCUCAGUUCACCUUUGACAAUCAAUGGUAUCGCGCCAAGGUGGAGCGCAUCCAGGGCAGCAAUGCCAGCGUUCUCUACAUUGAUUACGGCAACAAGGAGACUCUACCUGUGAGCCGUUUGGCUGCUUUGCCACCUGCCUUUAGCAGCGAGAAACCGCAUGCUACCGAGUACGCACUUGCCUUAAUCGUACUGCCAGCUGACAACGAGGAUAAGGAGGAGGCACUGCGCGCCUUCUCCGACGAUGUGCUGAACCACAAGGUGCAGCUCAAUGUUGAACUGAAGGUUUUCGGUGGUCCACAUCUGGCCACCGUGCAUGAUCCAACAUCGAAGACGGACUUUGGCAAGCAAUUGGUUGCCGAUGGUCUUGUCCUGGUUGAGAAGAGACGCGAACGCAAGCUCAAGGAGCUGGUGGAGCAGUACAAGGCAGCACAGGAAGCGGCAUUGGCAGCGCAUUUGGCCAUCUGGAAAUACGGUGACAUUACGCAGGACGAUGCGCCCGAGUUCCGCUAGGAGACGGCCUCGAAGCGUGCAGUAGGCAGGCGGCGUGUGGAGAGGAGCAACGCGUCGUCCGCUGAAAUGUUUGUCUGCCACAUACCCGCCCUUUAUAUAUUACAACAACAACAGCAAAAGCAACAGCAAGAUGAUGAAUUAACAACAACAGCAACAACAACUUAAUGAUUAUGAAAUUACUAAUUCUAUACAAAACAAGCAAACACACACAUACAUACACCAAUAAAAAAUAAUAUAUAUAUAUAUAUACAUAUGAAAAUAUAUAUAAUGCAUAUAUAACCGCAUUGGAUACACUUGAGCUACAGUUUAUAAUAAUAAUAAUAAUUGGAGGAAAGGAAGGUUGGAACCUGCAACAUUUGUGUAUGCUUUAAGCAACUGGCAAAUCGUCGCAAAUUCGAUUUAACAGUUUUUUAAAUCAUCAUUAAUAACUCUUUAAACAAAUAUACAAACAACAAGGUAAACAAAACAUAAAAUAAACAAAAUACCAACUAGCAGCAAUUGACCAUUUUGUAAACGGUUAAAACUUCCAAUAAACAUAGAAUCAAAGUAAAGUUUGUUUGCAUGCCGAAAUAAAUAAUUUUCACUAUUUGUAAG